UCGCCCCACUUCCGGGGGGCGGCCCCCCGCUGGCGGGCGGGCGGGGGCGGAGCAAGAUGGCGGCGGGAGCGGCGCUCCCCGUCUCCCUCUCGGGCAGGUUUAAGGGAUCCUUUGCAUAUUUUACAAUUAAAGACAGACUGCCCCAGAUCCUCACAAGAGUUAUUGAUACUCUGCAUCGACAUAAAAAUGAAUUUUUUGAAGAACAUGGUGAGAAGGGUGUUGAAGCAGAGAAGAGAGCUAUAUCUUUCCUCUCCAAACUGCGGAAUGAACUGCAAACAGACAAACCAGUGACCCCUUUAGAAGAUGAGCUGCCUGAUGUUGCACUGUGGAACCAGUACCUAGACUACCAACGAAAUUUAUCAAAUGGAAAUGGAGAACCGAGUUGGUUUCAGUCCCCGUGGUUAUAUGUAGAGUGUUAUAUGUAUCGAAGAAUUCAUGCAGCAUUAGCACAGAAUCCACCUAUUGACAACUUUGAUGUAUUUAAGGAAGGAAAGACUCAAAAUUUCUUUGAAUCCCAAGAGGCGGUUAUUACCUUAUGCACUUACUUUCAGGAACUUCUUAAAAACAUCAAAGAUCUAGAUGAAAAGCAACUUCAGGAGGAACUUUUUAAGCUAUUGCAGGUGUCACUGUGGGGCAAUAAGUGCGACCUUUCUUUUUCAGCUGGUGAAGACAGCUCUCAGAAAUCUAGUCCUUUACAGUCCCUGGAAAACAUGGUACCUAACAUCUUAGUGAAUGAUAUGGAGAAACUUUGGUCACUGCUUGUAAACACCAAAAAAAGAAAUACAAAAAAAAAUGUUAGAUUUGACAUAAUCCUGGAUAAUGCUGGAUUUGAACUUGUAAGUGAUCUUGUGUUGGCUGACUUCCUGUUAUCAUCAAAGCUAGCUGAUGAAGUCCAUUUUCAUGGAAAAAGUAUUCCAUGGUAUGUGUCAGAUGUCACAAAGCAUGAUUUUAACUGGACUGUUAAACAACUACAGUCAGCUAAUCAUAUGUGGAUGUCUAGAUGUGGGAUAAACUGGGAGGGCAAUUUGAAAAAGGGAGUUUGGGUUUACCAUGAUCACAUGUUUUGGACUUUACCACAUGACUUUUCCAGUAUGGCAGAAGUUGCUCCUGACUUGUAUGCUGAUCUACAGAAGUCAGACUUGCUUCUUUUCAAAGGUGAUCUAAACUAUAGAAAAUUAACAGGAGAUAGAAAAUGGGAAUAUACUGUUCCAUUUCAUCAAGCCUUAACCAAGUUUCAUCCUGCACCCCUCUGUAGUUUGAGAACACUGAAAUCUGACACUCAGGUUGGCCUAAAACCUGGCCAAGGUGAACAAAUUCAGGCUUCUGAACCAGAAUGGAUGGUAAGUGGAAAAUACGGGGUAGUUCAGCUUGAUGCUGCUCUCUAGUUAAAUGGUUCCUAACAUUCUGAAAGAGACAUUCAGUUGUGAGUUGUAACUGCUUUCUCUGUUCCAUGCUUGGCUUCAGCAAAGAUUCUUUUUUGUUUGCACUUUUUCCUCCCAAGUGGUUUAUUGUUUUUGUUCCACAAAAGACUUUAAUAUUGUGCAAAAGUUUACAAACUGUCUUUGUAUACAUAAACCGAUCUGCAUUUCAAUAUAGUUUGUUUUCCUCAUCUCCGAUGUCAACAGAUGUUUGAGAUGAACAUUUAGUUGUCCAUAGUAUUUUUUUUCUUCAUCAGCGGGUAUGAGAGUUUGUAGCUAACAAGUGAAAAAUCUGCUUCAGAAACCAUUUCCUCAAUCCCAUGUUAACGUGUAUUUACUUACUUCAGGAUAAUAUGUGCUCCGCAUGCCAUGCACUGCAUGAAAGUUAAUAUUUUUGAGAAUGCACAAAUUAAUUCCAGAUAGAUUCUUUGCAACCCAUUGCAGGACUGUAUUUAAAAACUGUUGACAAUUGAGUUGACUUCUGCCAAGAUCUUACUACGUAAAUUGUUUUUCACUUGCUGCUUGUGCCCAUGAACGAAUAACUUUUGAUGUUUUGAGUAUAGUUCGCUGUACAGUAAGAGAAGAGUUCUUGGGUGAUACCUUGUAAAUAUUAAUUUAGAACUUGAAAGUUACAUUUUAAACUUAAAGUACAAGUGGAUGUUGCUAGCCAGUUCGCCUGUAGGAGAGGAGUUGUCCCAUCUGGUAGGAAGAUUACUGGGAGAAAGGACGAUCUCAUUUUAAGAACAUGAAAGAUGCGGUUUAUGUAAGAACCUCUACCAAAAGGAAACACACACAAAAAAAACCCAAACCAACCAACCAACCCACCCAACCAGUUACAUUAAUUGGAUUUUAGGUUUAACACAGAUUUGAAUUAAAGGUGGCCUGUCAGCAGUGUUUGUGGUUCAAGCACUGCUGCCUCUUUCCACUGUGAUAAUUCUCUUCAUUUGUCAAACGUAUUUGUAUUUUUUAGGAAGGAUGCCAUAAUUUUAAUAGGGGAAACAGCCCCAGUUGCACUGAGAAGUAUAUGCUAGAGAAGGCUGCUGCUAAUUGCCUAGGUUGCUGCUCAUUUGAGUUAGAUGCUUGUUUAUUCUCUACUACCACGAUCUCAUAUUACUCAUAAUUUUGGGGAAAAUUUAGGGAUAUUUUGGUGGAUAUUCAGAGUGAAGUGAAAUGAAGGUAGAAAUUCAUUAUCCAUUUAUAAAGGAAAAAUUAAAAAUAGAUUCUCUCGAGUCUUAAAGUACUUAUAUGGUUUGAAAUAGGGCCUUUGAUAGGGGACUGAUGUGUAAUGCCAGUGAUAAACACAGCUUUAUUAGAAAAUGGUGACAGAAUUACCCAUAGAGUUUGACUGGGUUAUGCUCUUGUCUAGAGCUGCUAAAAUGAGGUGAACUUGCCCCUGGUAGCCAAGGUGGCUAUGUUACAGAGAACAAAAGUAGACAGUAGAGAAAUUUCCUUUUCCAUUUUACAUAGGUUUAUACCGUGAAAAGGAGGGCACAGAAGUGGCAUUACUGGAGUACGUUCUGGAAGUGGUGCUAUGGCAAGGAAGUUAGAAUGACUGUGUGGUAGAAAGUGGAUUUAGAAAGACUUUUGCACUCACGGUUAACCUAGGGCAAGGGUAAGCAUUGGCAGGCCUAAAUAAAUGACAGGGGAAGAUGAGGCAGUAUUUUGUACCUAAUUCAGGCUUUGAAAAUGAAGCUGGAUUCCCCUUCUGGUCAGGGAAAUCGCUGGCAAAGCAUGUCCUCUGACGUGGAGAGAGUCAGCUGCCGCUUACUGUGUUCAUACAAUAAAGAUCUAUACAGUGGAUAAAUAUGCUCCAACUGCUGAUGACUUUCAUUAUUUGUGUUUGUGUUCUUACAUCUGAAAUUAUAUUAAUAUUUUGAAGUUGCACACUCAAGUAUUCAAAAACUAAGAUGCUAGGAAUUUCAGGAGGCAAUGUGAUAUUGUAGAGUUCUACUUUUGAGAUCUGGGUUGUGUUCUCCUCUCCUUUGCAUCUCUGGCUUAGUACUCCUGAAGGAUGAAUUUAUGCUCAUCCUUAGGCACCUGAUUAAACUGUGUAACUUAGAAAUCCAGUCAAGAGAGCUGAAGGUCUCUGACUGGAGAGAGCUCAGGGGUCUCCAGCUUUGGUGCUUUGAUCAAAUACAUGAACAACAUGAUGAAUCUGGGCACUGGAGCCUCAAUUUCUCAUCUGUGAAAAUGCUGUUAACUUGUUUCAAAUGCACUUUGAAGUAACAACUUUGGGUCAAGAACAGAGGGAUGGAAGUCGUGGAAUAUGUGCAAUGAAAACUUGCCGCCUUAUUCAGAGACACAAAACGAUUAGGGGAAGAAUUCUGCUUUGUCUGUGGACAGAUUGUUUGUAAGGCACUGACUUAAUUUGCUGGAGAGGUUUAAAUGUGUGUAAUGGACAAGAAGAGAGUUUGGCCUCAUUGUCAAGGCCACUCUUGCAGAAUAGAUUUGCCUCUUCCACAAUCCUUACACAUGCUGAGAAACUUGAUUUCAUUUUUCACUGGUCAUUAAUCUGUUUCUUGGUGCCCAGGUUGCUUUCAAGCUGUUACUUCUGGGAGCUCACAAUACAGAGCAGUGAAAAUUAAUGUUUUUAAGUUAUGAUAAAUAGAAUCCUACAGAAUGCUAAAUCACUUAGAUGCAGCAGUAUUCACUCAGUAUUAUUGAAUCAUCUCAUUGGAGAUUGUUGCAUUAAUGUUUGUGAGGAAGUAGAGUGCUGAAUUCAUAAGUACCAUAAAACUUGUAAUUCAUAGCAUUCAAAUGCUAAUCUAAGACAUGAUGUCAUGCUGGGAAAAACAAACAAAACAAAACAAAAGCAAAACCACAACAUUAUUUCUAUUCUCCAGUUUAAUAAGUGAGCACUUUUCAUCUUUUGCCCUGCACAGAGAAAUUUAUAUGGUAUCAUAGAGUGUGACUACAUAGUUAUGUGAGGAAUGCACAGCUGUAACUUCCAUAUACUUAAUUGCUUCACUUCUAUAGCUGUAAUUGCAAAGUGCUAUCUAUAUACACAACUGAAUAUACAACUUACUUGGUUAGUAUGUCAGUUUGUUAGUUGGUUAUAUUUUUGUAAAAUUUGGAUUGAUUCUAUGGAAAAAUAAAAAAAAAAAUGGUGCUGUAAUGCCAGUGUUCUGUUCUCCCAUGCCACAAAGAAGUAGUGAAGACAGAUACUCUGAUGAAGCACUGUGCUCUGCUGUUGGUUUAGCUACAGUUUAGUGGAAAAUAGAAAAUGCUUUUGUAGACACUCAGUGUUAAUUACUUGUGUAAUAUAGUUUCAUGGACUGGCAGCUUGUGACUACUGCAUUUAGGUGGAAUUUAAUGUUACACAACAUAAAACCUAUAAUAAUAGAAUAUGCUAUAAUAUAGCAUAUUUUUUUUCUUGAGUAUUCAAGAAAGUUGCUUCUGUACAUCUGUCUUACAACCAAUUGCCCAAAAUGCUUGUACAGCAUAACUCAGAAGAUGCUGAUUCAUUCACGCAAAUUCUUGAGGUUUUAAUUUUGUGUGCCAUUUGGAUGUUUAUAGCUAAAACAAGGGCCUUUUCAGUAAUUCUGAGGACCACAACAGACCAAUGUCUUUUGACUUGUAUUUUUUUAUUCUACCUUUUGAGCAACUGUAUUUGUAAAUCAGUUUUUGAUAGCGAUGAUUUUCAUUUGUGAUGAAACAAGAGGAAAAGUAAUGUCACAGGCACAGUGAAAGCCAGUGCACACAUCUGUCUGAAUACUUGAUAAUUCAUUAGAUAUGUGUAAUAAUUCCAUAUGUUUAUAAGGAUUCUUCAAAUAAACUAAUGUGGAAAAUAAGUUGAUUGUAUGACUGGAAACUGUUGCAAGAAUAUUGAAAUAAAUGACAUAAUUUUGUGCGAAAGUCAAACAUCAUUAUACUAUUUCAGUGGCUGAGAAAGCCAACUGAAAAUAAUUCAGGUGUUGGUUCCUGAAGUUUUUUUUCUCUGAAACAGAUUUUAUACAAAAAACAGUAAAGCAUAUUUAUUCAAUGAGAUUUUGAAACAUACAGAUGCAAGAGGUGGGUAUCACAAAAUGUUCCACUUCACCGAGACAGGGCAGUAUUAGGGAAGUUUUUACUUUGUUACACUACCAACAUUCUUGUUCAAAUUUCAAAACAUUAAAAAGCAUUGAGGAUCUUAUAAAAUGUAUCCAGUAAUUACUUACUAAGGUUGGGGCAGCUGAUGGUGUCAUUAUCAGGAUCACUUCCCAGACUGAUAGAUCUCAGCAAAAAUGGAAGUGUCUUAGUGUGUUACACUUGCUGUAACUGUAAUAUUUCCAAAUCACUUUGUUUUACACACCUUACUGAUGCAUAAACCCUAGCUAUUAUUGCUGAAAUAGUUCCUUUGAAGUUCAUAGAGUAUUUGUAUUCAUGGUUAAACUACUUAACUACUUGUUCCAUUCAAAGCAUAUUUAUCUUAUGUGCACUGUCAGACAGCAUAGGAAGAAUGUUCACUCUAUUGCAUGAAAGUUGUGUCUAAAAUAUAAAUUCCAAAUUUUGUACAAACUGUUUAUUUUUUUUCAUUAAACUGUUUGUUUACAAGCCUUCUGUUUAUCCAAAGUUACAGAACAAAAGUUUGGGUUUAUUUUUAUUUAAAACAAAAACAUAAGUUCAAAAUCACCUAAGAUUUAUCUGAAGAUUUUAAAAUAAAAAAAAAGAUUUAAAAAUAAAACUGUGAAAAUGUACUGGUUAAAAUGGUCCUUUUAUUUCUUUCCAAUACAGCAUGUGUUUUUUAUUUACACUUCUUUUUGGGGUUUGGCUCAUUUGGCUUUGUUUCCACUGGGAAAAAAUAUAAAAUGUCAUGUUACGAUCAUAUAGAAUGAAUAAACAUAUUCAGUACUCA